GUUUCUUGCAACAAGUGCCCGUCGAGUUCUCGCGUUAUCACACCUUCAGCGAGACUUCGUGCAAGAUCGAUAAUGGCGGCUGCUCCGUUAACUCUGUUGCUGAGGCAAACUUUUGGUAAACAAUUUCUACGGAAAAAAUUUCGCCCGGCUGUUGAUAAAUUAAAGAUUACCAGUCCAACAAUUCAGGAUUUUAGUUGUCCUUGUUAUUUUUACUGCACACAAGUUUUGUUCAGAAAUGAUGUGACAGUUCAAUUUCGAGAUGGUCUCCCUGUUAUAUCUGUGCCUUUACCAUCGCGACGUGAAAGCUGUGAAUUCACCUUAAAGCCUAUAACUCAUACUGUUGGAGAUUUCUUAAAAUUUAUACAAGAAGAAGAUGGAGGUAUUGAUAGAUCUGCUGUAUAUACACCAGAUGGAAGCCGGGUAGCUAAAUCAACAACUAUUGAUAUCUUGUUACGAAAUAAUUUUAGUUUAUCAAUAAAUGAUCAGACUUAUUCAGUUAGUCCUCCACAAACGAAGGCUAUGGUUAGUGAAGACCUAGAGAAUUUAUCAGAUGUUAAAAAUCUUGUCACUCAGCUUUAUUCCACUUUAAAUCUUGAACAUUAUCAACUAGAAAGAGAAAGUGAAUUACGGGCCAAAUUGGAGGAUCUUCAAUCACAAAUAGCACCUUAUGAAAAGAAAAAAACCGAGUUAGCUCAGCAAGCCAAUCGAUAUACACAUAUUUUAACAUGGACUGGGUUAGGUCUAAUGGCAGUGCAAUUUGGCGUGUUAGCUAGAUUGACAUGGUGGGAGUACUCAUGGGAUAUAAUGGAACCUGUUACUUAUUUCGUUACAUAUGGUACAACCAUUGCUAUGUAUGCCUAUUUUGUCCUUAGUAAACAGGAAUAUAAUUUUGUUGAUGUUAAAGAACGUCAAUUCCUGCUGAAAUUCUAUAAGGCCGCUAAGAAGGAGCAUCUAGAUGUAGAUAAAUACAAUCAACUAAAGAAUGCAAUCGCUUUAGCCGAAUUAGAUUUACAGCGUUUACGUGAUCCACUUCAGCUACACCUUCCUAUCAGAGAACAGAAGAAAAUAAAACUUUAACAAAUAUCAUUUCUAGGCAGAAGAAUACAAAUAAAACAGAAGGGCAUCCUGAGAUAUUAUGUUCCUUUAACAGCAAAAUCUUUAAAUUAUUAAUAUUUACUGGUGCACUGGAAAUUGACCAAUGUUUGAAAUAGGUUUUAAUGUAGAUCUAGAUUUCUGAAUUCCAUGGACGAUUUUCAGGGAUUAAUCCCAGUUUCUUCUUCAAUUUAUUUCUAUCAUUCAGUAAUUUUAAUUAAUGAUAUAAUUAAUAUAGUCAUUAAUUGUAGACAAUUUAGUAGGUAUUUUAACAUUUUUCAUUACCGGUAGCAAACUUCUUUUUUUUUUUGGUUUAUUCUAACAAUAUAUAAUUUAGAGUUAUUCCCCUUUUUUAAAAACUAAAACCUCUACCCAAUAAAUAACUAGUACCAUAUUGGACACUAUCUAUACUGAAUCAUUAAUACUUCACUCCCCAUAUUUAUUAUUAUAAUUAUUUGCCGUAGAAAAAUGCACAAAUUAUUUACAAUACAGGCUCUAAAAUUUCAGAGUUUUCUAUGAAUGACUUUCGAUGUUGGUGAAAUCGAUAAAAAAGUAUUUUGUGUUACCUGAACUUAGCUGUUGUCAAAUGAGUCCAAUAACCUUUGGAUUGCACAAAUUGAUUAUGCAAGUUUCUGUAGGUUGAUGUUUGGCAUUUCAAUAUUUUUAAGUGUUGAUAAUAUAUGCAUAGUUAACAAUCUCAAUUCAUGGCAGUGAAUUGAAAGUAAUAUGGAAAUGAAAUAACAUCACUAAAUAACCAGCGCAGGAAUCAUUGAAAUAUAUUUAUGUUUCAUUUAAAGGGGCAUUAGGUAAGAUUAGAUAAAGAGCUGUCAGUUCUUGCUAUAACAGUUAAAAAAUAGAUAAUGAAAACAGAAUAUGCUGAAAAUUUCAGUUAAAUUGCUACAGUCUGAACCAAGAUAUUAGCAAUUCAAUUUUAGGCAGCCUCGAUCAUCAUUACUACGGUUGGUAUGAUAAUAAAAGUCUCAAUUAUCCAUUUUUAUGUUAAAUCAUCCAUCAAAAAACAUAUUCAAAUCCACUAAAUAUCACAGGCUAACGAUGGCAUCGAGAGUUGAUUAUGGUCCUGAUAAGUUAAUGAAUGUCUAAUUGAUAAUUUAGAUAACAUUUCAGGCCUAAAGAAGGCUAAAUAGGUAGACUUAGCUCUUGCAUAAUGCAUGUUUAACAUUGCUAGUGGAAAUAUUCUGUAUCAUCUUUAUUAGUCCAUUCAGUGCAGAAUUGUAGGUUGUUUAACCCCAUACCAUUUCAUUUCAUUUGUAUUAUUCAAAAUGGGGUUCUUAAUCCAUUUUGAAACCAACCCGAAUUUGGUCAUUAGUAGAUUUUAAGUGUUCACCUGAAAUUUUAUAGCCUGCUUGAGUAUGGAACAAAUAUUGUAUUCCUAAUUUAAAAAAAAAUAAACCUAGAAAUUUUAUAUGGUAUAAUAAUAACAAGAUCUGCAUUAUUAUAUAUAGAUGUUAUAUAUACAGGGUACAAAUGACAUAGAGUAAAUACAGCAAAUGUUUAUUUAAUAUAGAUAUUUUUCCACUGACAAUGAAUGAAUGUAGCUGUGUUUUAUUAAUAGAUGUAUCAUAUUAUAGUGAUUUCUAUCCGUUCAUUUGUUUGAUAUGACAUGUUGUGUAAAUGUAUAAUCUGGGACUGCGAGAAAAACAUGACAAUAUAUAAAUACAUUUAAGUUCCUUGUUAAGUGGUAUCUAUUUACACGUUUAAUUUCUGAUACAAAUGUGUAUUCACAUUACUUGUGGUAUUAAUUGACACAGAUGGAGUUAAAAUUUGAGUGUGCUGUCAUCAUUAUAUUCGGUUCUUCUUUCAAGAAAAUUGAUUUCCUCGAAAUGAUCCACAAUUAACAGAGAUGAUAUGACACAAUAUGAAUUUUGUUAUUUCAUUCAAAAUUGGUAUUGGUGCAUUGAAAAAAAAUAAUAUAUUUGUAACAUUGGUUAAAUUAUUAUCUAUUUUUAUUUUGGUUCAUGUAACAUUCUUUUUACUUCUUAAUUAGAUAUUUGACUAUUUAAUUAGAUAUUGGAAUCAGAUAUUUGACCAUUUAAUUAGAUAUUUGAACAUUUUAAUAGUUUGACAUAAAAAUCUGAUAUAUACAUGUAAUAUCAUGGACCUUAUAAUACAUGGACUGGUUACGAGAAGCAAUAUCGCUAAAUGCCUGCCGCGCGAGAUUUCCCUCGAGAAAACAUGAGAGAAGCCAAUAGCGAUAUUACUCAAUGUCUUUGCUAAUUAGCUAUAGUCACCCGUUUUCAUCGUUCCGUUUUGUGUCCUGAAUUUACCAAAAACUGCUAAAAUAAACUUUUGUUUGACAAGAUAAGUCAUUAACUAUAAUUUCCGUUGCAUAUGUGUUUACAUUUUAUUUUAAACAACUUUGUAAUUACCAUCUUCAAAGUAAACGUAGACUGCAUCUACGAAACAAAGACGUCGCCAUUGUUUGUUGUUAUAUGAACAAUCGAAAACAUGCGUCGUGAUUUUUGCUUUCAAUCAAAAUCUAUUUGUUAUUUCAUAUUUUUCUGACAUAAUUCUGAUACACAUGAAUCUAAGGCAUUGUUUGGAAAAAAAAUUAUCGAUUUUUAAAUAAGUGAAAUAUAAUUAAUUACUUUCUAAAAACAACGAAAAUAACACUUUAGACAAUUUUAUGAAAAAAUAUGUGAUUUUAUUUUCGCUUUCAAUCAGUGAAACAUUUAUUUUUGGAAUUAAUGAUCCCUUUCUCCAUAAACUUUGAUAUCUUAUCUACUGUACUGUCUUUUUUUUAAAACAAAUAUUAACAUUUUUAAAAAAUUAUUUUGUUUUGUGAUAUUUUCAAAUACCAAUGCAUGUACUGUUCAACAAUCAUGAAUAAACCUGUAUUUGAUUUGACCCAAACUUCCCCACAGUUUUGCCCAGUUUCUUUAGAUAGAAAAAGUGAGAAAUUUUGUUUAAAAUAAGUUUAAUUUUAUUGGCAUAUUAUUAAAUAAAAUAUAAACAUCCGACGGCUCCAGAUUUAUUUAUAGGUGCUGUAAGCCAUUAUACUCAUAAUGGAUCAGUACACAUGCCAGGUAACUACAGACGCCGCGAAGGGCCAUAACUCGUUAACAACUUUCGUUUGGUCGUGAUUGACACGUCUCAAAUUACUGUGACGUGUCUCAAAUUACAGUGCGGCACACAUCUCUAGUUAGGUUAUUAAGCCGUUGCCAGUCCAUGUAUUAUAAGCUCCAUGGUAAUAUCUAAAUAUCUACUACAGUAAUCCUGGAACAGUCUUAGAAGAAUCUAGAUCCCAUAUGUCAAGGAUAUUGGUAUAUAGUGCCUGCGACGCUGACAAGUAAAGUCUUGCCAAGUUGUUCAGAUUCACUGAAAUACCAAGCUCUGUCUAUGUACAAGUUGGUGAGCACAUAAAAGAACCCUUGACCGUUAAAAUUCUUUGAAAAGUAGAUGAAACACUACUGUCCCAGCAAACUUCUCCCAAGAAUUGCACACAUAACCAUAUACAAAAAUAUUUGUAUGUUAAUCUCAGAAUUCUCAAAGCUUAGUGUUGAUGAAACAUUAUACACCAUUUCUUUCCCAAUAUAGAAUGAUACUGUUAUAAUUACUAGCUAUAGACUUGAACUUUUUUAUGAUAAAGAAAUAUGAUUAAUGGUUAAGAUAUGGGUGUUAUAUAUAUUGUUUUCACAUACUAUCAAAUAUUAAAGUAUAUAACAGAAUCAUUAUCUUAUUUAUAGUUAGUAUAUACAUUAGGUAUACAAAUUAUUUAUUUUAAUGUAAAUUUGAUUUAAUGUUUGUUUUAUUUAAAAAUGUAUUUAUGAAAGAAACAAUUAGUGCUGUAAAACAUAAAAUUAUUUAUCAUAAAAUGAUUGUGUUACAUUUGAACAAUUUAUAGAGACAAUAAAUUACAAUCAUUUUCUGAUGUUAGACAACUGAUAGUAAUUUCCCUGUUGAGGCCUAAUAAGUGUUGUCUUGCUCAUCAUUACAUUGUUUGAAGGAUUAUGUGUAUAAAAUGAUAACUGUCUAUAAUUGAGAGACAUGCUAAAAGAAAUUGAUAAUGGAUUUUAACUUUUUAUCAACUAAUAAUAUCAGUCAUGCAUUUGGAACACAAGAUUCAAGUAGGGGGAAUUGCUGUCUAAUUAAAGUUAGAUCUUUAUUUCCAUUCACCUUCGACAUAUUGUUAAUCAAAUCUACGCAAGAUCUAACUACUUCUUGACUGUUUUCUUUGAAGUCUAAUUUGUGCCAAUGUGAUUGGAUAAAACAUUUAUUGCCAAAGACAGGCAUCUUUUCAUUGGCUAAAUAAGGGGUAAAGUGAGGUCAGUUGAACACAAACUUACUGUAAUGACAGUGUAAAUAUAUACUUAAUGAAAAAUAAACAAAAGUUUGGUUUAAUUAGACUCGGAUGAUUGCCAUAAUAUGCCCUCACAUUACAAAUGUAAAAAUGUGAAAUUGCCAUAUGUGUUAGUCUCGGAAAAACUAAAGUAGUGCAUGGACAAGAUGUUGAAGUUUAUUCUUUUCUAUUUUCCAAUCUCAGACAGCUAUCAUACUUUCAACAAUCUAAUUAAAAUAAAGAUCUAUAUUUCGUUUCGUUUUUUAUACUUUCAAUGACCUAUACUACAUGUAGAUCUAACAUGUUAUAGUGGAAGUUCACGUUCUAUGACGUCAGGUACCAAGCAAGCGACAUUUGACCCGAUUACGUCAGUCAAUCGAUUAACCAAUUAGCGACCGCCAUGUAUUUUUUUAUCUACUUUUGCUUUGUUUUGAUUUCUAUUGCCGCUAAUGUCUACCCACAGUUCCGCGCAAAAAAGGUGAAACGCUCGAUUCGACAGACCAUUUGAUUGGCUGACCCCUCAUUUCAAGCAGAACACGAGUUAAAUAACAACGCUUCCAGAUCCAAGUGUAGUAAAGACAAGUAAAAUCAAAAUUUUGAACUAUAAAAACGAAACGAAAUUGGAUCUGUGUUUUAAUCGGAUUGUACUUUCAAUGAUCAACUUUAUGCUUUUAACAUCUUCCUUAAUUUUCGUGGAUUGUUUUCUUUCGAGUGUAAAGGAAUAGAGCAUGAUCAUUGAAUACAUUUAUAGUCAAAGCUUGGGAGUUGGUACCAUCUUAUUUCUUCCACCUUAUAAACCUGUGUUGAUGUGCUCCCAAAUUGAUGACUACUAUAUUAGUACAUGAACCUUAAAACUCAGGGCCUGCAUGUUCACUAUUAUUUAUACUAGAGAUCCAUGUAAUGUUAUUAUUUGAUUACUAGUAGAUAGAAUUGUUUAUUUAAUUACUAUUUAUGCUCUCUUCAUAACCAGCAGCUUGUUCAAGUCCGUCACAACCAUUCAUCCUCCACAUUGCUAAGCUACCAUUAAGUGUUACUUAAGUAGGAAAUGUUGUUAGUUUAUACACACACAUUUAAGAGAUUAGAUUUCUUUAAUGAUCCUAGAACCUUAUCAAAUUUGGUCAACAUCCAAGUUUUCCUUUCAGAUAAGCUGCUGUUGAAACAUUUGCGUAGCUAUCUUUUAAUCAAGUUAAGUUUUUCUGAGCUCAACUUAUAUCAGGUUAUUAGUAGACACUUUGCAAACUGUUCUUGAAAACCAAGUCUAUAUUAUUCAACCUGAUAGACUUGUAUGUCAAGGUUAGGUAUCCGUUUUCAUGCUAACAAAAAAAAUACCUAACUGAUCGCUGUAUACACCACAUUUUGCAGAGAGAAAUAAAUUGUCAUAUCCUUCAAAGGGUUUUUUAUAUAUCACAUUUACACACAUUAUCUAUGUUUAGAUUGAAAUUCUGACUCAAACAAGCAUUACCCCCGAGUUGGGUAAGUCACAGCUACUUAAGAUAGGUUUUUGUCGGUGGUGAAGCGAGCAUUAAUGUAUUGAUUUUUGUGAUUGCAUUUUGCAUAGCAUGUGGUUUUUUUUUCAAACUAUGUUGUACAAUAUAUGUAUGUUUUUGUAUAUUUGCUUACUCAAGCUCAUUGCUGCCUUUACCUUUUAAUAUAACUUAAUAUAUUGUAAGCUUUGCUUAGCCUCUUGAUUUGCAUGAAUAAAAAUGGGCUUAUUUCUCAGUCAAAAGAUAAACCUAAAAUAAAGAUUUAUUGGUUGAAAAAAGUCAAAGCAAAUUUAACCACAAUUUGCAGAACCUAAUUAAUUAUGUUGAACUUGAGAGUGUUUGUUGAAAAAACUCUCUUAAUAUAUUUCAACAUUGUGAUAGUUAAAUAUAUAGGUACUUCUUAUUCACUGCUGAUAUUUCCUCUUAUUUUAUAUUUGAUAACAGAAUAUACAAAUUGAGAAUUAUUUAUUAUUAUUAUAUACGUACAUGCAUAAUCUAUAACCUGCAUAUUCAUACAAGAAAAUUAAAGUAUCCCUAAAUAUCAGGUUAUUUACCUUUAGAUUGAAAUCUCAUGUCACAAAUUUGUACAUUUUAUAACAAUUGGUGCAGAAAAUUAUUGAUAAAUUGUGGCUAUUGAAUAAUCUCUAGAAAUUCAAAAGGGUGAUUGGAGACCUUAAAUUUAUUAUAUGUUAACUGUUAUAAAUUUCAGUGGCCUUCAAUAUGUGAUAAGACAGCUUAGAUCACCUGGUGCAGUAAUUACUGUUAUUGAUUUAAUUUUAUUUUACAAAAUAAAGUAUUAUAAUAUGCAUAAUAUUUUAUUUUGUAGAUAAUUCAAUGCAUUGUCUAAAGUGUACUUGUUUCAGCAAAAUUCUUCUCUACUUUUCCUUGAUAGUUUAUUAUGACCAAAUUUAAUGCAUUGUAUAUUAUGUACUUGUUAAUUCAACAAAAAAAAAACCUUCUCUACUUUCGCUUGCAAUAUUUAUGACAAAAUUUAACGCAUUAUCAAA